AUAUAGUUUACUUUAGUGUUUCACAAUCAGUCAGUAUACUAUUAUAGUUAUAAAUCAAAGUCAGUUAUCUUGCAUGAGCCAUGCCUACACUUCAGUUUAAGUUCCUUGUUUUCAGUCUUCUCUUAUUGACAGUAGCUACUACACUAGCUAGUUCUCAGUAUGAAGGUUUCAAUUUGCGACUCAAUACUUCAAUCAUAAAAUCAAAGGAUGACAAUCUGUUAUCACUCAUCUGUCAUUACCAUGCCAUUCAAGAUAAUGAGAAGACUACAGACGAAGUUCGUAUACAUCGAGCAGCGAAUGUCCUUUCCUUUUGGCUCAAUGACACCCAGAUUACAUCUGGAACUAAUGGAGGACUCCCUGGCUAUCGAGAGUGGGACUUUGAAAGUGGUGCUAUGGCACAGUUUAUUUUACCGAAAAAAGACAUCUUUAUCGGUUUAUUUUACUGUAAAUCGAUGACUGAAACAAGCUCAAUGGUGCAGUUGAUCUCAAUGCCCGAAAAGGAUUUAUCGGUGGCUCUGUACAUGGCUGUUGCUGUAUGCUCUCUCUUUUUGGCUCUCUUAAUACUCCUGAGUAUCUUUACCUUUGUGCUCUGUUACAAACAAUUCCAAAAAAGAAGAUUUGAUAGCUUAAAAGAUGCUCGUUUUUCAUCUAGUAGGUCAAAGAAGCGAACUAUUUCUGAAUACCCUCAACGUCCAACGGCCAUGAACACCUCUUGUACCAAUUUACUCACAAUCAAUCUCGAAACUGGACAACAAGAAGAUCGUUCUUCAAAGGCCACGAACACCUCUUGUACAAAGUUCGAAAAAAACCAAGAAGACCAUUCUUUGUGCUCAUCAACACUGUCAAAAGCAGAUGUGAAGCAGUUUUGUUACAUUGACUCUCCAGAAGAAGUGAUGUUUGAUUGCAAAGGUGGUAGGUACAGAAAUGAAGAUCACGACAUUGAACUGAGUGUGCCUGAAUUUGCCAUACCGACUGGAAAACGCAUAACGGUGAAAAUAGCAGUGUCACUAUUCUCUCCAUUACAACUGCAGCAAGGCCUGAGACCUGUUUCCCCAAUAGUUGAGUUCUGUGUCGUGGAUGACCCAUAUUUUAAAUUUGCCAAACCAAUCAAAAUUUUACUCCCUCAUUUUAUUCAGAGCACUACGUCGUCAUCGCUGAAUGAUUUGCAAUUUGUUAAGGCUGCGCAUGGUGGAGGAGUAUUUGAAGAAUGUGAUGGUGAAGCAACUUUUAAAGCAGGAAGUAUGUAUGGGACGUUACUGACCCACCACUUUUGCCAUUUUUGCAUUGCUUCCAGCGUCUCAUCUCUCUCAAAAGCUAACUUUCGACUGGUUCGAGUCACUCCAAAAAAUCCAUCUGGAACAUGGAAAGCUCAAUAUUGUGUCACUUACUUCCUGCAAACGUGCCUAAAAUUCCUCAAGAACUUCUAUGAUGUUGAACAAUAUGAAGUCACAAGCCUCAAAAGGUUUAUGUUCUCUGAUGCCCAAGCAACACUGCAAAUUCAUUUUGAAAGGAGGCUUGCUGGAGGCUGGCUACUCACACAAGACGGUGGAAGUAGCAAGUUGACUGAAAAUGAGGUGGACUGUUGGAGACUAGAUCAAGAUGAGCUAAAGCAAAUAGAAGAAGAGGAACUUUACCCUCCAAGAUUUGUUGUUAAAGUUAACGGACAUCAGGCGACUGAUCAAGCCACUGCGUUAGUUAGAUUCACUGGAGCACAAGGAGAUCUGGAAACAGAGCUUUCAUUGGAACCCCUCAGUUACCAUCAAAUAACACAUCUUCCUACAAGUGUUUCUCUACCAAACAUUCGUAGACCUUAUGAUGUAUCUAAACAGUCUCAACAGUACAAUCUUGUCAAUCCCAAUACACCCUCUCUUUCGUUCCUGAUGAACUACGUUGCCAACGAGAUCCCGGCAAAAUGGCGAGCAGUAGGCACACAACUGGAUCUGAGCAAUGGGAAAUUAGACCAAAUUUGGUAUGACCAUCGUGGAUCUAGUGAUUGUUUUAGUGCUGUGUUCUCACUUUGGGAGACGCAGCCUAAGGGUGCACUCCCCUAUGAAUGGUUGUCACUCUACGAGGCUCUUCGUUCUCCACAAGUGUCUGAGAAUCAGCUAGCUAAUAAUCUCGAAUUGAUUGUCUCAACUACGACCUCAAACGCAAGUUUAUCUGGUAACGGUUCAUCUACGGAUAAAGACGACAAAUACGAUGAUGGUGAUGAAAUGGAUGGAUAACUAGAAUUCAAUUUUAUGAUUAGGCUGCCAUAAUAAAUAGGACACCAGCAUUUUUAAAAUUCACUCUUUGUCGCAUAUGUUUUAUGAAUUAUCAAUCUCUUAAAUA